AUGACAUCGAAAAACUUUUAUGAUAAACAUGCUGAACAUCAGGAUAAGACAAGUUUGGGUAAAUUACGAUCGAAAUAUUGGACCACUAAGCAACUGGUGAUGAAAAAGCUCGGCCGGGAAGAAGAUGAAUUCGUCAUUGCCUCGGAUGCUGAUGUGGAUGCUAAACUUGACCUACUCUAUGCUGUCAAGCAAUCCUGCCAUGAUCUACUUCGUAUUAUGGACACUUAUCAAACCAACGUUCUCUUCCUUUCACAUGAGGAGACUGAUAUGGCUCGAUUUCUCAAAGAUUACGCACAGAUGGACAAAACACGUGCGGGCAAAAUGAUGGCUAGUGUAUCGAAAGUUCUUGCUUACACAGCGCAUCAACGGAUUGCUCUACGUCAACCAUUGCUUCGUCUGCAUAAUGAAAUCGAAACAUUCCGUCAUCGAGCUGUAACUGAUACGUUGUCAACAGUGAAACGAAUGGAAACAGCGCGAACAGAGUACCGUGGAAGUAUUCUUUGGCUGAAAGAUGCAUCGGUUCAACUUGAUCCGGAAAAACAAUUAGAAAAGUUUCGUCGUGUACAGAGUCAAGUGAAGUCAACUAAGACAGAAUAUGAUCGUCUGAAAUUUGAUGUCAUUCAGAAGAUCGAUUUAUUAACAGCGAGUCGAUGUAAUAUGUACUCUCAUGCAUUGGCGACUUAUCAAAAAGCUCUCUUGGUUUUCUGGGAAAAGACUUCAAAAACUAUGUCAGCCGUUGCUGAAUCUUUCAAAGGUUAUCAAUAUUAUGAAUUUACCGUGAUUAAAGAUCUUGCUGAACCGAGCCGUUUAUUAGCUGAAUUGAACUCGAAACCGAAAGGAAAAAGCGAAGCAGUUCUCGACGCAAUGAAAAAAGAAAAGCCUGCCAAUGAAACUGACCAAAAUCAAAAGGAACUAGUAGAUCUGACCGAGCCAGUGAAUGCAUUAAUUGACAUAACUGAUGAUCAACUUGAUGACCAACUUCUUGAAUUAGAAAAACUAACAACUAUUGAUCGAACACCAAAAACCUCGGCGAAUUCGAAAGGAGCGGCGACUGCCAAUGAAGAAAAUCUUGUUGAACUAGCAGAAGAAAUUAAGGCUGAACACGAUAAACUCUUCUCCGAUCUGCUGUCAACAACAACAUCAGCCAACACAACCAAUGACUUACUUGGACUCAAUGACACAAACAGUUUCGAUGCUCAUUGGUCAGCAGCAUUCGGAAGUAGUGCAAUUCAACAACCUACAUCUACCCUGCAAACGGAUUCAACACCAGCAAAUAAUACAUUCCUUCCAUCGUCGCUUCUAAGUGAAUUACUAACAUCAAUGAAUAAACCUGUGAAACCAACGAUACAACCAAUACAAGCGACUAAUCCAAAACCGAAACCGGCACCAUCGAGUAAAUCAUCAGAUAAAUCCAAUUGGUUGAAUCUAUUUUCUGAACUUGAUCCGAUACAAAAUCCUGAUGCAAUUGGUAAAACAGCUGGCGAUGAAGCUGAUCGAAAUUGUUAG